AAAAGAGUAAGAGAAAGAGAACAAACAGAGGAAUGAAAGGCUAAAGGACAAACUGAGCUUUCUUUUUGUCCAAACAGUCGGAUGAGAAAGACUUGAAUCCGGCACAAUGAGAGUAUGUAUGCGCCGGCGCUCCCGGACCUUGCGUGCUUGGCUGGUUAUUUUAUUCUUCACUCUGCACUUGCUCUUGGUUUUGAUGGUGCUGUCCAUGAACCAAUCUCCCUGUGAAUCCCUUUCAAACCCCGACACCCAGGCCUCCAUCAGCGUCUCCAUACACAACGCAUCCACAUCAGUGAGCGAGGCAGCCACUGCAGGAAGUGACAUCACGGAAGAGGAAAUAAAAGGUGCAGCAGAAGACCUCGCCAAACUCUUUGCUCUGUUCUCCCACCCAUUGUAUAAUUUGCCCACCCCACCGGUGCCUGAUAGUGACUGGCUGUUGAAAGUUCGAACGAAGACAAAGGAGGAACUGCAUAGCACGCAACAGUUGCUGAGUGCCAAUGAGAACGGUUAUGAUCCUGUCCAGUGGAACUCCAGCACUGAGACACAUCCACCCUGGCUGCGCUUUCACCUUGGUAUAUCACGCUGGCAGAUGUAUGGGCACAAAGACCACAACCUGCCAAUGCUGAUUCAGCAACUGGCAGCCCACCGCAUCGUGAGUGCCGUGCAGAAAUCUGGCGGGACACAGCUGAAGUUGGUGAUGUCAUUUCCUAAUUACGGACAGGCGCUCUUCAAACCCAUGAAACAGGAGCGCGAUGAGGAGACCAAUGUGAAUCUGUAUUACUUCUCUGACUUUGAGAGGCACAAUGCAGAGAUCUCAGCGUUCCACCUCGACAGGAUACUGGGAUUCAGAAGAAUGCCUCCGGUGAUCGGAAGACUUGUUAAUGUAAUUAAAGAGAUCAAAGACAUCACCACAGAUCAUAAACUCGUCACAACUUUCUUCACUUCCCCAGCGGGGAAUUGGUGUUUUCAUGGCCAGUGUUCUUAUUAUUGUUCCACGGAGCAUGCCAUCUGUGGGCGUCCACACAUGAUAGAGGGCUCUAUGGCCGCUAUGUUGCCAGACCUGUCUUUGGCACCUCGCCGCUCCUGGAGGAGCCCGUGGAGACGGUCCUACAGCCGGAGCAAGCUGGCACUGUGGGAGACAGACUCCAACUACUGUGAUUCAGUGAAAACAACUCCUCCAUAUGAUCAAGGCACGCGAUUGGUGGAUCUGAUAGACAUGAGCAUUCUUGAUUUUCUCAUGAGUAACAUGGAUAGACAUCACUAUGAAACAUUUGAGAAGUUUGGCAACGACACAUUUCUAAUUCACUUGGACAACGGAAGAGCGUUUGGACGUUAUUCUAGAGAUGAACCCUCUAUACUGGCUCCCCUUGAGCAAUGCUGCAGGGUUCGUCGUUCGACCUUGCUUCGUUUACGUCUGCUCUCUCUCCCCCCGUAUCGCUUGAGUGACGUCAUGCGUGGUUCUUUGUCUCGAGAUCCCCUUGCAUCCGUGGCCCCACUCCUCACUGAGCCACAUCUCUCUGCUCUCGACCGUCGCCUAGCAACAGUCAUUCAAACCAUUCAUGAAUGUUUACAGCAGCAUCAAUGGCACAGUGACGUCAUAUAUGAUGACAUCACCGAUUACAAUGGCUAAUAUUAUGGGCCACUCAAAUCAUUUACAUUUAGUCAUUUAGCAGACGCUUUUAUCCAAAGCGACUUACAAAUGAGGUGGACAAAAGAAGUAUUGAUGAAAUAUAGGUUAUUGUAUUUUUUUGUAUAUCAAUGACUGCUGUUACAUUGCUGUUGAUUUUGGUUGAGAUAUACUGCUUAACAUUUAAAGACCCAUUAACAUCAGUCAACGAGCAACAGCCAAUCAGCAUAGUUUUAUAUUUAAGCAAUAAACAUAGAUCUUUCAAAAUGUAACACUUUUUAUAAUUAUUGGCUAUGUAAACUAUGUAUAUCCAAUCAUCUAUAUUGACGUAACUAAUAUAGAUUAAUUUUACUAGACUUGAGUUUAUAAAUUGCACAGUUUGUUGAAAUAAUACCUGAUAAAAGUUUCCCUCCAAGCAACUCCAGAAAACCUGCAACCUUGAAUGUCCAAAUCUGCUGUUUUUCAGGAAAUUAAUAAAAGAAACACUGUACUUU